AUGAACAACCAAACGCCUUUGGACCACGCGCUUUUACAAUUUGACGUCCGAAGUCCACAAAAUGCGUUGGUUGGUCGCGAGAACGAAAUGAUAGAGUUGGAAUCAACAAUCGAAUGUUUCACACAUAACAAUCAAUUUGGUCUUGUCUUGAUACAUGGAUUCAAUGGGAUUGGGAAGACGACAGUAGUUCGACAAGUUAUCAACUCCACAAAUAUAAGGAACACUAAUAAAGUAAUUUACAUUAAUGUUGCAGUACAGGCCACUAGCAAGAUGCUAUGUAGUGCUUUAGCUACUGAGCUCUAUGGAGAAACAGACAGACAGUCAUCUUUGAAAGAGGUUUUGACUUAUUUGAAUGACACAACACAGAUGAAUAAAAUUAUAGUAUUUGAUGAGGUAGAUAGACUCAAGAAGAGAUCGACAGAGAUCUACAAUUGGCUCAAGAAUUCGUUGUUCAGUUACUUCAAAGCACCAAAUUGUGUUGUCAUUGGCAUUUCUAAUGAUACAGAAGACUAUGCAAGGUUAGCUGGUGAAUUAACGCAGUCACCGCAUGCCACUGAAUUCUGUUAUACAAGGAAUAGUAUCGAAGAAUUGGCGAUGGUUAUACGAGAGAGGGCAUCCAGUGCAUUUGACGAAAAGGCGAUACUACACAUCGCAAAGGAACUUGUGAAUAGAGAAGGGGACAUUCGUUCCAUUUUUUCGUUGUGCCCCACAGCAAUACAAUUAGCAAAGAACGAGAAAAGCCAGACAGUUAAACUCAUUCAUGCAAUCAAAGCAGUGUCCAUCUGUAAUGGCGACAAUGAUAUGAAAGAGUUCUUUUUCUCGAUGUCUUCUUAUGAAAAAGCCUUGUGCUGUGCUAUGUUCUUCUGCAAAAAGAGCGGAGGCGUCAUAUCAGUCGGAGAGCUCUUUCAGAAAUUCAAAAUGCUAUGCGCGCGGAUUGGACUGAAACCUUUGCCUUCAAUGCUCAAACAAUUCAGAGAGAGUCUUUGUAUUUUCGACUCUCGUGGCGUCAUCGACGAUGGCAGAGAUUCCUGUCACGAAGACAUUGUGAAAAUCACACCAAUGUUCGAUCGAAAGGUGCUUGUUUCUGCCUUGGAAAAAGACACAAAAGUCCGCAAAGCUCUCGUCGAGCUUCGCAAAGCAGUCGGCGUCGAAGCUUAA